AUGUUAAACCUUGCCAUAUGGAACGUACGUGGCCUGAACAAGAGGGAUCAUCAGCUAGCGGUCAAGGAUAUCAUUGCUGAGUUCAGGUUACACUUUAUUGGUCUCCUAGAAACACGUGUUCGCAUUAAUAACUGUGCUAGUAUCCAAUCAUUUUUGAUACCUCAUUGGAAAUGGUUUAUGGAUUAUGACAAUAUUGAAAAUCGGAUAUGGAUUGCUUGGGAUUAUAAUUAUAUUGAUGUAGAUAUUAUUGAGGUGGGAAACCAGUUUAUACACUGUUUUGUCACUAUUAGAGCAUUACAAGAGUAUGUUGAUAUUACUAUUGUGUAUGGUGCUACUAAGGUCUCUGAUAGGCGAGAAUUAUGGGCCUCUCUAGAAUCCUUAGCUGUCCAAUGCAUUAAUAUUCCCUGGCUGGUUGGAGGUGACUUUAAUGCAGUCAGGGAUCUCAGUGAGGUCUGUGGUACGUCGGGAGAUAUAAGAGUGGCGAUGGAGGAAUUUAAUACGUGCCUACAGAAUACUGCGCUUUUGCCACUACCGAUGCAGGUAUUCUACCAAUGCCUCACUCCACGGACAUCGGAUCACUCGCCGAUGGUGGUUAAUGGGGAUAAUCAGCAGCGAUUUGGAGGUGAAUUUGAAUUUGAUCCAAAGAUCGAGAAAACCGCUCGUCGACUUCGAAAAGAAACCAAGCGACAUAAGGAAAAGGCUUCUACUUCUUCCAAACCACCAACAAAUUCUGAGUUAGACGUGUCCACGUCUAACGACUCUAAAGACGAAGUCAUGGCCCAUAAUCCCGAACGAACGAUCAAAGAGAUGACUUCGCUUGACUUAAAUCAACAACCACUCUGCAUUGAAUAUCCUAAUUUAGAUGUUGAUUUUGAACUUAAAUCCGGUCUCAUCCACUUACUUCCCAUUUUUCGUGGCCUUGCAGGUGAAGACCCACACAAACAACUUAAAGAAUUUCAUGUGGUGUGUUUCGGCAUGAGACCUCAAGGAGUCACCGAAGAACAAGUCAAGCUAAGAGCUUUUCCAUUCUCAUUGGGCGGUAAAGCAAAAGAUUGGCUCUACUCCUUACCUUCGGGAUCUAUUGUUAGUUGGAACGAACUCAAGAAACUAUUUCUUGAGAACUACUUCCCCGCUUCAAGGACUACAAACAUCCGAAAGGAAAUAAGUGGAAUACGCCAAUUCUCCGGUGAAAGUUUCUAUGAGUAUUGGGGAAGAUUCAAACAAUUGGUGGAGAGUUGCCCUCAUCACCAAAUUCCCGACCAUCUUCUAAUUCAAUAUUUUUAUGAAGGAUUGUCUGAGGCAAAUAGAAGCUUGGUGGAUGCAGCUAGUGGAGGUGCUUUGUAUGACAAAACUCCUACUGAAGCACGCAAACUAAUCACAACCAUGGCGGCUAAUAAUCAACAAUUCGGUAAUAGAAACGACAACCCCCCACAAAGGGUAAACGAGGUAAGUACUUCUCUUGAUGAACGUUUGGAUAAACUUACUUCUCUUGUUGAAAAAUUUAUAGGGGGAAGCAUUCAACAAGCCAAAACUUGUGGGAUAUGUACAUCUUCAGGACAUUACACCGACGCUUGUCCUACACUUCAUGAAGAAUCAACCGAACAUGCUGACGCCGUUGGUAGAUUUUCUGGGCAACAACAAAGGAGAUAUGACCCAUUUUCCAAUACCUAUAACCCCGGAUGGAGAGAUCACCCAAAUUUGAGGUAUGGCAAUCAACCUCAAAACUUUCAAAGGGUUCCACACCAACAACCACCACCACUACCUCAAGCCAAUCCCAAUAAUGGUAUGCCUCUGGAAGAUAUCGUGAAGACACUCGCCUUGAGCACCCAACAAUUCCAACAAGAAACCCGCUCGAGCAUACAAAAUUUGGAAUCCCAAAUGAGCCAAAUAGCCUCCUCCGUUAGCCGUUUGGAGUCUCAAGGUAAGUUUCCUUCCCAACCUAUUAUUAAUCCUAAGCAAAAUGCUAGUGCUAUUGUUUUACGCAGUGGAAAAGAGCUACAGUCCGAAAUUAGCAUUAAGCAUGGAGACGCACAACAAGGCACAACAGAGGAAGAGCUUGAAAAAUCCAAACAAACCAGCAAUGACAUUCCUAAGGCAUUGGUGACAAAACCACCCUUCCCGGAAAGAUUUGCUAAGGGUAAAAAAGAAGGAGAAGAGAGGGAAAUCUUCAAAACAUUCCGUAAAGUGGAGGUAAACAUUCCAUUACUUGACGCAAUUAAACAAAUACCCCGCUAUGCCAAAUUUCUCAAAGAACUGUGCACCAACAAAGGAAAGUUGAAAGGCAAUGAAAGGGUAAGUAUGGGGGAGAAUGUGUCCGCAAUUCUCCAACAAAAACUACCCCCCAAAUGCAAAGACCCUGGUAUGUUUUCUAUCCCUUGUAAAAUUGGUUUAAUAGGUAUUAAGAGAGCCAUGUGUGAUUUGGGUGCUUCUAUAAAUGUCAUGCCUCUUACUAUCUUUAAAUCUUUGAAUGUUGGUCCAUUAAAAGAAACGGGUGUUGUGAUUCAACUUGCUGAUCGUUCUAUUGUUUAUCCUGAAGGAGUCCUUGAAGAUGUUUUAGUAGAAGAUAAUGAAUUGGUUUUUACUGCUGAUUUCUUUGUGAUAGAUAUGAGGGAAGAUAACUCCCCCAAUUCUACAUCUAUUUUGUUAGGAAGGCCAUUUCUUAAAACCGCUAGAACAAAAAUUGAUGUCCACAAUGGUACUCUCACUAUGGAAUUUGAUGGUGAAAUUAUAAGAUUUAAUAUAUAUGAAUCCAUGCGAUAUCCUAAUGAUGUACCUACUGCUUUCUUUUUGGAUGCACUUGACCCUGUUGUGCAGGAAUUGACAAAUUAUGAUAAUGAAGACCAUGCCAA